CCCAAAGCUCACCCUCUCCUGCAUCUCCAGGUUAUCGUACUCGCAAGGCAUUAUCAAACAAACCACUCGUAUCUCGUAUCUAGGAUCUUCGACUAGUUGCUGCUUGGACACUACUCCGGUCUUCCUUGCAUAAUCACUGCUUUGCAUCGGACAUGACUAUCGUGCUUACCCCGGUGUGGUCUAAUGGAGUUCAAAAGCUGAAAAUGGAGGGUACAGGGCCUAAGCCAGUCCCGCGUGGAACGGUUCCUGCAGCUCAUAACGAAUCCAUUCAUGCUGUGAGAUGUAUGGCGCAGCUGCGCUCGAAGGACAAGGCCAUCGAGAAAUUCAUCUAUCUAUCGCAGCUCAAGCAUACAGAUGAGAAUAUGUUCUAUCGGUUAUGCUUGAUGAACAUGGCUGAAUUCACGCCGAUCAUCUAUACACCGACUGUCGGGGAUGCCUGCCUGCAACAUUCACACAUUUUCCGUCGACCAGAAGGACUUUACAUCUCUAUCCAAGACAAAGGAAAAAUUGGAUCCAUCCUUCGUAACUGGCCUCGCUCGAAGGAUGCUCGUAUCUCUGUCGUUACUGACGGUUCUCGGAUACUUGGUCUGGGUGAUCUCGGUGUGAAUGGCAUGCCCAUCUCUAUCGGCAAGCUCUCGCUCUACGUUGCUGGUGCUGGUAUUCGUCCUUCGUCGACGAUCCCGAUUUGCUUGGAUCUGGGAACAAACACCCAGAGGUAUCUCGACGAUCCUCUUUACCUCGGGCUCAGACACAAGCGUGUCUCCGACGAUGUGAUGACUGAAUUUAUGGAAGAGUUCAUGCACGAGAUGUCCGUCAACUUCCCAAAGCUCCUCGUUCAGUUCGAAGAUUUCUCAACCGACCACGCCUUCCUCUACCUCGAAAAAUUCCGCCACCGCUACCCUCUCUUCAACGACGAUAUCCAAGGCACAGGUGCCGUCGUCCUCUCCGGCUUCAUCAACGCAGCCAAACUCUCCUCCGCUGCCUCCGGCAGACCACUCAGCGAACACCGCAUUCUCUUCCUGGGUGCAGGUUCCGCGGGUGUGGGUGUCGCGAUGCAGUUGAUGAGUUUCUUCAAGCUGCAAGGUCUUUCGGAGGCGGAGGCGAGGUCGAGGAUUUACCUCGUGGACUCGCAGGGAUUGAUUUUUGACUCGAGAGGGCCGAUGGCGGAGCAUAAGAAGUACUUCUCGAGGAGUGACUACCAUGGUCCUCCCAUGACCGACUUGGUUGAUAUCAUCGGCCAUGUGAAGCCAACUGCUCUCUUCGGUCUCUCCACCAUCAAGAACGCCUUCAACCAAUCCGUCGUCGAGACAAUGGCAGCCCUGAACCCCCGCCCAAUAAUCUUCCCCCUUUCCAACCCCGUCCGCCUCUCCGAAUGCGAAUUCCACGACGCCAUCGAAUGGACCCAAGGCUCCGUCCUCUUCGCCUCCGGCUCUCCCUUCCCCGAAGAAUCCUUCAACGGCAAGAUGCUCUACCCCGGCCAGGGCAACAACAUGUACGUCUUUCCCGGCAUGGGCCUCGGCGCGAUCUUGUGCCAGACGAAGACGAUGACGGACAGUAUGGUCGAGGCGGCGAGUUUGGGGCUGGCGGAUUCGUUGACGCAGAGUGAGAAGAAGGAUGAUUUGAUUUAUCCGAGGCUGGAGAGGAUUAGGGAGAUCAGUGCGUUUAUUGCGUUUAGGGUGAUUAGGAAGGCGCAGGAGGAGGGCGUCGACCGUCUCACAGACUUGCGCGCGCUGAGCGAUGACAAGCUCAUGAAACACAUCCAAUCCAGGAUGUGGAACCCUUGAGACCUCUCUGUGCUAUCUCACCGUCCGACCGCUCAGGAUGGUAUGUCUUGCCACGUUAGACUGCGUGCGGCUUGCGGCCGCUGCCACCGACGUUGCCCACCGCCAUAGAUUAGUACCACCUCUCCUCAAUUUUGCCUCGUUUCGUCUUCGCAUCGCUUUGGUUGGUUGCUUUUGUGGAUGCAUGGGGUUAUCUUACUUACGUGCUGGAUUAGAUAUUUGCUUAUGUAGAGCCUCGUUAUUAUUCCCUUGACCCCUUAUACUCACUUACUUCAGUUAUGAUGGUAGUACUAGACCGUAAUACUCGUCUUAUCUUCUCAGGUCUUCAUUGUUGGUGGGGGACCUAGGAGCUGUAGGUGUGGCUCGGAUAGGUUAUGAUAUGUUUAUGAAUUAAAGCAGACGCACGCGUCGAGCUUUAGAGCAUAUGUAGACGAAGAACGCGAAAAGAAGCGAAGAAAAAGAAAAGUCUAUCUUCCAACCAAACGACGCAAAAGUGCCCACAGCGAAAAAGUAAAUUAAUCAACCCAAAACGGACUCGAGGGGACAAGCCCGGUCGUCCAUCAUGUCACCGCACGUCCGUCUCCCAUCCCCCGCUCAGUACGUUCACCCAGGACAAACCCCUACGCCGCUAUGCCGCUCAGAGCAUGAACGUGAGCGGGUUCUCAAGGUAUCCCUUGAACGCAGUCAACCACCUCGCGCCGACAGCGCCAUCGACCGUACGGUGAUCGCACGAAAGAGUGACCUUCAUGAUGUUGACGGUCUUGAAGCCGCGCUCUUCCUCGGGAGCGGGGACGAGCGUGGGCUGUGUGGAGCCGACGGCGAGGAUGCAGGAUUGAGGGGGGUUGAUGAUUGCCGUGAAGUGGGAGAUGUCGAACAUGCCGAGGUUGGAGACGGUGAAGGUGCCACCCUGGUACUCUUGGGGUUGGAGCUUGCCGUCACGGGCCUUCUUUGCGAGGGCCUUGGCUUCAGCUGAGAUGGUGGCGAGGCCCUUAGCGCCGACGUCCUUGACGAUUGGCGUGAUGAGACCGUUGGGAGUAGCGACAGCGAUGCAAAUGUCGGCCUUCUUGUAUUGCCUAAUGACCUCGCCGAGCCAGGCAGUGUUUGCCUCCGGGACAUCCUCAAGUGCCUUGCUCACACCCUUGACAAUGAAAUCAUUCACGCUCAACUUCGCACCCUUGUCCUUCUCUGCCAGCGACUUGUUGAACACCUCCCUCAGCUUAGUGACCUUGUCCAUGUUGAUGUCAACGGUGAGGUAAUAGUGAGGUGCCUCAACCUUAGCCUGGGUAAGACGCGUGCCGAUGGUACGACGCAUGUUCGUGAUGGGAACAUCGACGUAGUCCGGCGUCUGUGCAGAAGCAGGAGCACCGAAAGCAGCAGAGGCGGUAUUGGCAGCGGCAGCCCCGCCAGUCGAAGGCUGAUACUUCUCGACGUCCUCACGGAGGAUACGCCCUUCGGGACCGGAACCCUUCACCUUGGCGAGGGGAAUACCACGCUCGAGAGCGAUCUUCUUCGCAAUAGGCGAAGCAAAGAUACGGUCGCCUGCAGGGAGCUCCGACUUUGACUCGGAGGACUUGGGAGGAGAGGACUUGGAGGAUUCAGAAGAUUUUGAGGGUUCGGGCGCCGACGACUCUUUCUUCUCCUCCUUUGGCUCCUCUUUUUUGGGAGGCUCGGAAGACUCGGAGACGGCUUCCUCUGCGAGUUUGGCAGCUCCGGAGAGGUCAUCACCUUCCUCAGCGAGGAUGGCGAUGGGGGAGUUGACGGCCACGCCCUUGGCGCCGUCUUGGGCAAUGAUCUUGGCAAGGAUACCGUCCUCAGCGGCCUCGACGUCGAUGACGGCCUUGUCCGUUUCAAUUUCGAGAAGAACAUCGCCAGCAGAGAAAGAGUCACCCUCUGCCUUUUUCCAUGAUGAGAUACCGCCCUCAGUCAUGGUGGGACUCAUCGCUGGCAUGUUCAUCCUGGAGAGAGCAUGCCGGCGAGCGGAGGAGUGUAUUCUCCUGGUGAGGAUGCGGGCCAAGGACGAGGCAGACAUAGCGAGGACGGGGACGAGGACGAGGAGGA